GCCGUCUCCUGGGCCAUGGCCAAUUACAUCCACGUCCCUCCCGGCUCCCUGGAGGUGCCCAAGCUGAACGUCACUGUCCAGGAUCAGGAGGAGCAGCGCUGCCGGGAGGGGGCCCAGAGCCCCCUGCAACACCUGCGGGCUCACUGGGACCCCCAGGAGGUGACCCUGCAGCUCUUCACAGAUGGAAUCACAAAUAAACUUAUUGGCGGUUAUAUGGGUAAUACCACGGAGGAUGUAGUCCUGGUGAGAAUUUAUGGCAAUAAGACUGAGUUAUUAGUUGAUCGAGAUGAGGAAGUACAGAGUUUUCGAGUGUUACAGGCUCAUGGGUGUGCACCACAACUCUACUGUACCUUCAACAAUGGACUAUGCUAUGAGUUUAUACAAGGAGAAGCAUUGGAUCCAAAGCAUGUCUGCAACCCAGCCAUUUUCAGGCUAAUAGCUCGUCAGCUUGCUAAAAUCCAUGCCAUCCAUGCACACAAUGGCUGGAUCCCCAAAUCUAAUCUAUGGCUAAAGAUGGGAAAGUAUUUCUCUCUCAUUCCCACAGGAUUUGCAGAUGAAGACAUUAAUAAAAGGUUCCUAAGUGAUUUCCCAAGCUCUCAGAUUCUUCAGGAAGAGAUGACUUGGAUGAAGGAGCUUCAAGUCAAGGAGCCCACACUGGGCUCACCUGUUGUGCUUUGCCAUAAUAACCUAUUGUGUAAGAAUAUAAUCUGCAGUGAGAAACAAGGUGAUGUACAGUUCACUGAUUAUGAAUAUUCUGGAUACAACUACCUGGCAUAUGAUAUUGCAAAUCAUUUCAAUGAAUUUGCAGGUGUAAGUGAUGUAGACUAUAGUCUGUAUCCAGAUAGAGAACUACAGAGCCAGUGGCUGCGUUCUUACCUUGAAGCCUACAAAGAAUUUAAGGGCUUUGGGACUGAAGUUCCUGAAAAGGAGGUGGAAAUACUCUUCAUUCAAGUCAGUCAGUUUGCAUUGGCUUCUUAUUUCUUUUGGGGGUUGUGGGCUUUAAUUCAAGCCAAAUACUCCACUAUUGAGUUUGAUUUCCUUGGGUAUGCAAUUGUUCGUUUUAAUGAGUACUUUAAAAUGAAGCCUGAGGUUACUGCAUUAAAAGUGCCUGAGUAA